CUUAUGUUAAUAUAUAUUUUUCGUUACCAGGAGUGGCUGAGUGAGGUUCAGGACGUCUCACAGAGAGAGUCCCUGGAAUGGAGCGAGAGAAGCGCAGUGUAGGGGGGAUCCUGUCGUCUCUCUCCCUCCUCUGCGUGGUCCUAGAUCUCCAGCUGGAUGGUAAGCGGGUGAUACAAGCUAUGGAAAAUCCCCUGACAUAGGCAGUGCUAUUGGACAAAGCUACUCAUUUAACAUCAAGGGUGUCUUAUAGUAACUGAUCUAAAAGUUAAAAUCCAGUAUUUAUCCCAGUAUCUGUAUGUGUUCAGACAUUGCUGGCUUCAUAUCUAAUGGACCACGUGCUAUCAGAACAGGCUCAGACAGAGCUUGGUUCAUAUCUAAUGUACCGCAUGUUAUCAGGACAGGCUCAGACAGUGCUGGCUUCAUAUCUAAUGUACCGCAUGUUAUCAGGACAGGCUCCGACAGUGCUGGCUUCAUAUCUAAUGUACCACAUGUUAUCAGGACAAGCUCCGACACCGCUAGCUUUGGAUUUAACAUAUGAUGUUUGGUUUCUAGGAUGUUUAGCCGCCAGUCAUGCAGAAAUCGAAAAUCACUUGGAGAUGGGAAGGAAGCUUCUAGCUGCUGGGCAAUUGGCUGAAGCUCUAUCUCACUAUCAUUCUGCUGUGGGUGAGUAACACACCUUUCAUGUCACUCCUCAGUAUUAGGUAAAAGUGUUGUAUAAACAGAGUAGCCUGACCACAACGUGAUUACAAUUAUUUGUGCCUAGAUGGUGCAACUUUGUAUGUUCCAAAGAUUUUCCUUCAUAUCCUUAUAUUAUAUGGACUGCUGCAAUAGACUAUUGCUGACUAGUUGAGGAUGAUAUGGUUUGCAUUAAAGCCAGAUUCCAUAAAAUUUUGCUGUAGUUUAAGAAAAAAAUAAUAAUUUGACUGAAAUUGAAGCAUAGUACCAAAAUCUGACAGGGUUUCCAUUUUUGCUUUAUAUAUUUAGUUCUCUAUAACCCCCACAUGAUGACACAGACAGAAGGAGCUAUGAGUCUGUCCCUCCCCCAGCAGGGUGACACAGUGACACAGACAGAAGGAGCUAUGAGUCUGUCCCUCCCCCUGCAGGGUGACAGUGACACAGACAGAAGAAGCUAUGAGUCUGUCCCUCCCCCUGCAGGGUGACACAGUGACACAGACAAAAGGAGCUAUGAGUCUGUCCCUCUCCCUGCAGGUGACACGGUGACACAGACAGAAGGAGCUAUGAGUCUGUCCCUCUCCCCUCCUCCCCCCCUCCCCUCCACAGGGUGACACAGAAGGCGCUAGGAGUAUGUUCCUGCCCUAUUGGGUCACACAGUUGCAUACAAAAAAGUUAGGCAUAUUUAAUUUCUUGUUACAUUUUACCUUUCAGAUGGAGAUCCCAGAAACUACCUGACCUAUUAUAAGAGGGCAGCGGUGUAUUUGGCAAUGGGGAAAUUCAAGUCAGCCCUUCCUGAUCUCAGCAAAGCCAUUGACCUAAAGCCAGACUUUAUGGCUGUAAGUCUCUUGUGUCAUUUGUCAUAUGUCUACUUCCAUUUAAUGUUGGUUACCACCUGCACUAGUGAAAUAUAUCCUCUAUAUAAUCAUCAACUAGAGUAGUAGAAACGGGGGGGACAUGUAGUUACAUAGGCUGAAAAGGGACCUGUGUCCAUCAAGUUCGGCCUUCCUCUUAUUUGUUUUUUGCUGUUGAUGCAAAAAAAAAAAAAAAACAGUUUGAAGCAUUUCCAAUUUUGCAACAAGCUAGGAAACAAAAUUCCAUUUUGACCCCAGAAUGGCAGUCAGACUAAUCUAUGGAUCAAGAAGACCCUACAUUGAAAAAUUAUAUCCUUGAAUAUUCUGUUUUUGCAAGUAUGCAUUUAGUUGCUGUUUAACCCCCUUAAGGACGGCGGGCGUGCUAUGCCGUCCUUGGAGACUCCGCUCUAAACGUCGGUGGACGGUAUAGUACGCCCCCACCGUCCUAUUCACUUACCUGCUCGCAGGCAAUCUCACACUGGCGAUCGCGAUGGGGGACUUACCUGGGAGCCCAGGGAGUCCCCCUGCUUCCUCUUCGGCCCCUCUGGGCCAUGUGAUUGCGAGGACCUCAUAAUCACAUGGACGGGAUGAAAAUUAAAAUAAGGUUAAAAACAGUGUAAAAUAAAAAUAAUAUCUCAUAUAAUAUAUAGACAGACAGACAGGGUUGUUCGAUGGGCUAUGUCCCUUUUAAAAGGGACUCCCCCUCCUACCUAACUUACCUACUGGUCCAGACAUACUUUUGGACUUCCGGUACUCUGAAGGAUUUCAGUUGCAGCUCUCAACCUCCUCCUGACAGCUCGCCAGGGGUUCGCUCCCCAGAACACUCUGCUGCCCGUCAGUCAUUUUUUCCUGCCGAACAGUAAGUGAGCAGACCGGUAUCAUUAGCCCGACCCACCGAGGUCUACGGCUACCAUAUACCACGGGGGUACGGCAAACCCCCCCCCCCACAGACACAGGUCACGGAGGUCUGAGGUACCCUAGCAUGGCCUCCUCCGGCUGAUUUCACCUUGUCACUGGGCGGCAGAUCAACAGUGAGUACAGAUGGGUACAGCAGUACACCGUCUAUGUCUCACAUAGGUAUUACUUUUUUCUACAUUCCGCCGAGGUCUAUUACGGUUCCCUCCAUGCAUACUUUCACCCUCUCAGGGUAGCAGGGGCACAGAGGGUAACUCUGUAUCAGCGCCCCCCUCCCCUACCAACAGCGGCACGGGAAUCUCACUUACCGGCCUUGGUAACGGAUUUUCCCCAACGGUCUGAAUCUCCCCCCAUCCCCUCUCAGCAAGUGCACGGAGUUUGUCCCAUUCACAACACCUCUCCCCCUCCCCCUGAGAGUUUCACUUACCGGCCUCGCCGGCUCCCACUGCCCCUCCUAUCAAGGGAACGGAGUCCCUUUACUUAACGGCCUCACCAGCCACCCCCCCCAGGGUCUCUUAGCAAGCACAUGGAGGUCAUUACAUCCCCCACUCCCCCAGCAGAAGUGUGAUUACUUACAGGGUCGGAGUCCUGUCAGCAGCCAGGUACACUCCCUCCAGGCGCAGGUCUAAUCACUGCCGGUAAGCGCGAUCACUUACAGCACUGUAACGGCAGAGUAGGCUGUAAAACGCAAGCGGCAAGGCAACUCACAUCACACCCAGGCAGUUGUAAACGUGCAAUAUUAAAACAUGGCAGUCCACAAACGGGCAUAUAGGUUGCCACACAAGUCAUGUUAAUAAAUUGAAUUGAUUUGUUGAUGAAAUCCAUCUACUCAUUCGUAAAUGUUACUGGUUAUUCAUAUGUCAUGUUUUGAACAACUGUGUGUUGGCAUUACAUUUGUAGAGGGUUUCCCUCUGGGGGCAUGUUAUCCAUUGCUGGCUUUCUAAAUUUUUAUGGUACAGCCCUGUUGUCAAUUACCCCUAAUAUAUUGCUCUGUGCGAUCAGGGCAGCACAGCGCCGCCUGGUGGCCAUGCCGCACGUGGCUGCAGAUUGGCAGCCAUACGCCAUGCAUAUUUAGAUGUCAUUACCACAUAUUAACUUGUUCCACAUUCUUAAAAGGUUAAACGCAUGGAAUUAGUUCUCCCUCGGUAUAUAUGUUCGUUCAGUAAGUGUUAUUUGAUAUCUAAGUCUGCUUUAUGAGUCAGAAACCUAGACAAAGAUUGAGUGUUGUAGUACUAUCAAUUGGUACAUACUGUGUCGGCCACAAUCAUUCCCUGUACCAGUCAUACAUUUUCGUCAUUUAUAUUCUAUCACUACGAUUCAGCAAGCAGGAACAUAAAUGUUUGUAAAGGACAAUCUGUACUGAACAGACUCUUGUGAACCUAACAUAACAAAUUCUGACAUGCGGUACAGACUCAAAGCUCCAAACUUACAGUAUAAGUGCCAAAUCAGGAAUUUCACCUAAAGGUAGAUGAAGGUUGUUAAUGUUGGAAUUAAACACUACGAUUGCGGGGGAUAUUUCAGCAGGUUGAGUGUCGUUACAUAAUCAUAUGUACCCUCUUCCUUCUAUUCUGUCCUCCACCAUCUUGGGUUAGGCCUCCCUCCUUAGCAGGAUCUCAGCCUACCACAGAACAAACCAAGCAUACAUGGUUUCAUACAGGUACGUUGCUCCCGAUUCCUGUCCUAUUACAGGGAAGCAAUCCACAGAGAGGAUUGAGUAUGGCCACCUAGGUAUUUUCUCCCAGGCACUCUAUGCCAUAGAGAUAGAGGUACUGCGAGGCCAACACCCAUCUUCCACGUAAAAGGUAAUAUGCCCCACGGGCCAAAUCAUAGUUAGUCGCCUCGCUUGUUGCAUAGUAAGGGCCUCACUUGUCACAACUCUCCCCAAUUUAGGGACUCAUUCCUUGUAAAGCAACAAACCAGCAGGUUACCCCCUCGCGCCAACCAUAGGUAGAUCCUUUCAGGCCACUUGGCGACCAGUAGGGACUUACCUUUCACCAGUCUGAUUGUUUCGCCACUUCGGCACUAGUUAAAACAAAUGUAUACACCCUCAAGAGAAAUCUCAUGAUUCUUACAUAUGUAAUUCAGUUUGUCCCAAGUUCCAGAAGAAGGAGAUGACAUUUCUAGUCAAAGUACUCCAACUAGGACUGCCACCUCUACACGUAAAGGGGACCCCAGCAGUACAUCUUCGAUUAGAUCGGGGACCAUCCCACGAAUCACGGCCGAAUUCCGCAGGGAAACAUACCCUUAACAGCUACUGCUACUGUAUGGCAAACCUAAAGAAUGACAUCCUGGAGGGCAAGGACGUUAAUCUCGUCUCGCUUCCCAGGAUGUCACAGAGUACCGCUCAUACAGCUAGGGCGAUAUCUCAGAGGUCCUUAUGGCCGGAGACACAAGACUGAGGAAAUUAUUCAUCAGUAUAGUUAUAAACCUUCAUGGUCUUGUGUCAGUACACACUACUGCAUUCCACAGGUCUCAGCCUACAUUCCUGGCUAUUGUGUUCGGUACAUCUACCCUCAGGUCAUUGGACUCAACAGGUAUUUAGUAUAUGUAAAGAAAAAAGAGGGAUGGAACAGUGCUAUCCAAACUGUUUAUUUAGUACAUGUAGUCAUGGUAUUUCAGCACCUCCUAUCAUGUUCCCCGUAUAGACCGUAAAACGAUCAUAUGUUACGCUGAAAGUUGCUGUACGAUAUCAGUAUGGCCAUAUUUCAGUUAUGGUUACACUGUCAUUACCAGUAACUUUCAGCUGAUCUACAACUAAAUAACCACCAAACUCACCCCAUUAAAGUCCACUCAGACUUACGUUACCUCCCAGUACCACAGGAACUACAUUGGCCGCUCUUAACCUCUCAUGCAUAGUCCUCACACAAAGCCAUCUAUGGACCAUUGGGAACAUAAGUCAGGUAACCUUAGGGGACAAAUACGUCCUAUUUGCAACCUCUCAUUUGGGCACUAAGUUCACAUAUCUGCUGGAUAGGAAUGUAUGCGUAAAGUGCAGCUAUCUCACAGCUUUCUACCUGUAAAUCAACACGUCUUAUAGUAUUAUACUUCUGCUAUAUCUUGCACUGUCCACAUACGGCCAUACAGUAGCUCUCCUCACUACCCUACCUACACGACCUACUCCAGGCCAAAUGUACAGAAUGUAAUAAUUCCCUCAGAACAGACGUUCUCAUUACCUUUCAUUGUACUAAUUCAGUCUAGCAUAUUGUCAAUUUACGACACGCACAACAUACCGCAUACAUUAUGAUACGUAAUGAAGUUACCAGGUGGGUCAUUUUUAAGUUUCACGGGGUCGACCUUACUAUCCAACCGCCACUGGGCUUACAGAGUCAAUUCCAUACUGGACUAUACCCACAUCACCACUGCAUAUUAGACCAGUUCAUAUACAUCAUAUUAUACUGUCCUUCCCGUUUUUCUUGGCUAUUUGACUGCUCGGGCAACAUGGUACAAGUUACCACAUUAGCCAUGCACAGGCAAUGCCUAUUGUACGGCCUUACCCAACAUCUAGGCUGUUAAGUAAUUAUAGCUUACAGGGGCAACCAUGACCUUAGAAUGCCACGGCCAAUUUGAUUCACAACCACACUCUUUUAUAUGUGGCAUACGACCCACCAAAUGGCUAUCCACUAUAGCAUACUGGCAGCCCCUCAUUUGGGCUAUUACAUACGGCAUAAGGAUUACAAUUUUGACAUAAGAUUGCAAAACUUUGUCACAAACUACCACAGCAGGCCUCUACACGGGGCCCUCACUAGGCCAUCACUCUCACGUUACAUACGACCCACUGCGAUCAAUCCACUAAGACUCAAUUUCGGCCCACAGGGGGGAAAUUACAUACGACCAUGGUCACGUUAGACCAUUCAAGCCUCCCUAUACGGCCCUUUCUCGGCCCUUACAACUCCAGUCAUAGACACUUAAGCGAUCGCCAAUAUUCGUUCCAGCUGGUAACCUAGAAUGUCCUACACACGUCAUAUAUUUCAGGUCUUCUAGCGGAAGGACGCCCAGCAGGAACUCACCUAGGCACAAUCUAUUUAGGUGUCUCUUCCAUAUACAUAUAUGUCUUUAACUAGGGUCAUCUACAUACAUAGUCACCCCAAAGCAGCGGCUUACACAGGGCUUCUGCAAUCUCAGGGGACAGUGGGCACGGGGUAGGUGGCCGGGAAAUAAGGAGCAGCAAGGAACCAGAUCGAAGGGUUCCUUACGAACUCUGCAUUACUAUGGCUACAAUUAUACCCAUUGUAGCCAUAGUAGCAACAUGGGGUCAUUCAUGAGCAUGCAGACCGGUUCAAGGUCUCGGACAAUUUGUCAAUGGGCCACGUCAUAAACAAGUCCGGUCUUGUAUUCCUUAUUAUGAAAGCAUCAGACGACUAACCUAGUGGAAGCCUGUCACCAAUUUUAGCUGGUAUGUUACCACGUAUCAGUCAUUUACAGUACAACUGCUGACCAGUUAUCUAGUCUUCAGUUUCAGGCGUUCAGGAGGUCCCUAAGCAACUGCCUCACCGAUAGCCAUGAUCGCUCCCCAGGUCCCAGCAUACCUAUGGAAUAGAAGAGUUGUUAAGUCACAGCAGGAAUUCACACAGUUGGCCCGCAAAGAAUACGCACACUGCUAUGACAGAGCUUACUGCAUUUAUCGAAGUUCAUGUCAGAUCACCACCUUACAAACUGUUUCAAGAAUACAAGAUGGGGGCUUUCGCCACUUUUUGGCCACAUCAGAUAAAUGUCACACAACACUAUUAAGUUAUAUCUCCCGGGCAUUCAACACCACAUGUUCUCAGUUACAAACAUCAUUCACAAAUCCGCUAUAUACUUGGCUUUUAUGGUUUCCCACGACCAGAGAAGUUACCAUCAUAGGGCAACACGAUUCCAAGCUUUGCCUAUGGUGUUCUAACCUGUACAAAUACAGGAUCACUACGUAUAAACUUACCAUCAACUAAGACCAGCCAGAGGGGUCACGAGGUACUUAUUCAGUACAACCCCACCAACAACGCAUACCUCAGCCGACCCAGGAAUGUGAAAUGUCACCGUAAUACGCUAACUCCUUGUCUUGUGUUUUUGUAAUAAACAUCUUUGAGUACACUAUAUGGGUAUUCCUUUUGCCCACUUAUUUACAGGCCUACCACACACGUCUGUUUCGGCACACCUCUACCGACUUUUUCAUUAUUGUGAUAAGUAUACUCACUAGCUAUUUCAUACUAUACUGAAAUGGCCCCGAACACAAAUUGGAAGGCAGGGCCUGAAAUGUGGGAGCGGCUAUGUCCCUUUAAAAGGGACUCUCCCUCAAUCCUAACUUACCUACUGGUCCAGACGUACUUCUGGCCCACCCUCCUCUCCCUCUAUUCAAUACUAUUUAAGGUAGGCCCACUUAUUUACAUACCUACCACACACAUUGGUUUCGGCACACCUCUACCGACUCUUUCAUUAUUGUGAUAAAUAUACUCUCUAGCUAUUUCAUACUAUACUGAAAUGGCCCCGAACGCAAAUAUAAAUAUAUAAAUAAAUAAAUAAAUAAAUAUAUCACUGUCUUUAAGUGUAUUUUAAUAUUAAUAUAUUAUCAAAAUACACGUAGAAUGAUAUUAAUUAUAUAAUUAGAAGUGUGUGUGUAUGUAUAUGUGUGUGUGUGUGUGUAUGUAUGUAUAUAUAUGUGUAUAUAUAUAUUUAUUAUAAGUAUAUACGUUAAAAAUGAAAAAUAAUUUUAAAAAUGUCAUUUCGUUCUAACUGUAUUUUGAUACUAAUGUGUGUAGAUAUAUAUUGAUAUCAAAAUACAGUUGGAACAAAAUAAUAUAUAAAUGAAAAACAGUAAAAUGUAUUACAACGAUGAGAUCAGUGAAAGUGAUGGGGGUAAUUCUCAUUCCUUGGCUAAACAAUCUGGCGAAUUUCAAUGUGAAAAAACGGAAAAAUGUGAACGGCUAUAUUUGACCCUGUAACUUCCCGCAACACCAUAAAACCUGUACAUGGGAGGUGCUGUUUUACACAUGAGACAUCGCUGAAUACAAAUAUGUUACUGCAGUAAAUGCAAACAGUAUUAGGACAUUCACAGUUAAAAUGUCACGCAGAACUAAAAAAAAUAACAUUUCUUCAUUUCUCACAUUUAUUUAAUAUUUUAGUCAUGUUAAAUUAUGUUUCCUAGCUAAAUAUAUGAUGUUAAAUGACAGCCCUAUUUCUCCUGAAUAAAAUGAUAUAUAAUAAGUGUGAGUGCACUUAAUAUGAAAGAGGUGAAUUACGGUUGAACAGACAUAUAGUCAAAUUUCAAGUUUUGUUUACGUUUUAUUUUGAUCAAAACGUGUACAUUUGGCUCAGUCCUUAAGGGGUUAAACAUCUGUACGGACUCUGACAAAAUAUCUUCUUCAGGCAGAGAAUUCCAUAUCCUUAUUGUUCUUCUGGUAAAAAAAACAAAAAACAAAACCUUUACUUUGCUUUAGACUAAAUCUUCUUUCUUCCAGUCUAAACGCAUGACCUUGUGUCCUAUAUAAAGUCUUGUUUGUGAAUAGAUUUCCACACAGUGGUGUUUAUUGGCCCCGAAUAUAUUUGUAUAAUGUUAUCAUAUCCCCUCUGAGGCAAUGUUUUUCUAAACUAAAGAGGUUUAAAUUUAACAUUUCUUCAUAGUUAAAAUGUUCUAUUCCUUUUAUUGAUUUUGUAGCCCUACUCUGCAAUCUUUCUAGUGCCAUUAUAUCCUUCUUCAAAACAGGUGCCCAAAAUUGCACAGCAUAUUCAAGAUGUGGUCUUACCAGCGAUUUAUAAAGACACACAGUGUAUGGGCAAAAGUAUUGGGAUCAUCUUAAAUUCAGGUGAUCGAUCAAACCCUUUGCCAUAGGUGUAUAAAGAACCUAGCCAUGCAGUCUGCAUUUACAAAUAUUUGUGAAAAAUAGGUCCAUAAAGCAAUGGUUGGAUGAGUUUUGUAAGGAAGAAUAUGACUGGCCCCCACAGAUCCCUGAUUGAACACCUUUGGGAUGAACUGGAAUUGUGAGUCCUGCAUCAGUGCCUGACCUCACAAAUGUUCUACUGGAUGAAUGGGAGAAUGCCUUCCCAGAAGAGUGGAAGCUGUUAUAUCAGCAAAGGAGUGAAACUGCAUGUUGAUAUCUAUGUAUUUAGAAUGCAAUGUCAUAAAAUUCCCUACUGGUAUAAUUGUCAGGUGCCCCAAUACUUUUGUCCAUAGAGCGUAUAUCUGUUUCUGUGGGUUUGGUUUGCAGUACAAUGUAUUGGGCUUCCACUCUGUAGCUGGUCCUAACCUAAAAACAAAUUUCUGAUUCUCCAUUCAGUCCAUCUUUAUUCCUCUUUAUCUUCCUUUGAAUACAUCCCCCUCUCACCUUCUGUGCUGCAGAGGUGGUUAAAAACCUCUUAUGUCACUUUCCUGAUUACAGCACCCAUGUUCCUCCACGCUGGUUCAGACUCCACCUUCCAGACCAAAAGUCUCCUAACCACUUGGAAGUCCCUCUAGUGGCUGUCUUGUAGACAGUCUCUAGAGGUGGAGUUAACUGUAGCCGGUAAUUAUUGUAAUUUAUUAAAAACCGCAAUAUUUACCUUUGCAGGAUUAAGGUACCUGUCCGUCAAUUAGCAGAAGUAGUUUGGUUGUCUAUAGUGUCCCUUUAAUGGCAAAACCCUUCCAACUUUGAUAUUUGUCGAGCACAAACUAUACCUAAUGAAGAAACCUUAUGCAAAAUGUACGAUCCACUCUACAGAGCAGAUAAUUUUGGCAGCAAAUCCUUCCUUUAAAGAGUUAAUUUAACCUGUUUCUAGUGCAUGUUGUUAGUCUACUAGCAGUCAGAUUCUUGUUUCCAAUAGUAAAAAUCCCUUAUGCUUGUACGUUAUGGGUUAACCUGUCCUGUUUCUUCAUUCCCAGGCCAGACUGCAGAGAGGAAACAUUCUCUUAAAACAGGGAGAUACUCAGGAAGCCAAGGAAGACUUUGAAGCUGUUGUGAGUAUAUAUGUAUAUAAGGUAUCUCACAAAAGUGAGUACACCCCUCACAUUUUUGUAAAUAUUGUAUUAUAUAUUUUCAUAUGACAACACUGAAGAAAUGACACUCACUUUUGUUGCCAACGGUUUAGACAUUAAUGGCUGUUUGUUGAGUUGUAUUGAGGGGACAGCAGAUUCACACUGCUAUACAGGCUGUACACUUACUACUUUACAUUGUAGCAGAGUGUCAUUUCUUCAAUGUUGUCACAUGAAAAGAUAUAAUAAAAUAUUUACCAAAAUGUGAGGGGUGUACUCACUUUUGUGAGAUACUACUUUUUUUUGUUAUGUUUUUUUGUCCAUAUUUCUCUCCAGGAGUCUGUUUUUUUUUUUUUGUUUGUUUUUUUUUGUUUUUUUUUAAAUCACUCAUUUUCCUUGUGUGGGUCUUGUUUGUGACAGAGAUUUGAGAUGUUCAUGCGGCACUUUUAAUAUAUAAUAUUCAAGCUCCUCUUACAUAUAUGGAUUCACUGAUUUGAUUUUAAAAUAAUGUUCAACUGUUUGCUAUUCUGCUAGCGUUAGUAGCUGUCCAUACAAACACUUUAUCCUACUGAUCAUCUGUUUUCCUGACAUGGAAAAUGGCCAACAUAAUCUUGUAAUAAAUCAUCUUUUUAUUAAAUCAUGUAAAGUCUAUAUGUCUCUGUCUGAGGAUAUAGCUAGGUGCCAAAAAGAUUGUGAUGAGACCAAACACAUCUGUGAUGGAGUGAAGCUGAAGAAAGGCGAUAAGCGCACACAAAUAAGGAGUUGUUACCUUAUACAUACAUUCCUCUUUUUAUAGAGAACACACACAUUUCCUAUACAGAAGUAAAAAUAAAAUACAACAUAGUGUAAUCUGUAUAUAUGUUUCUGUAAGUAGGUGUCAGAAUUAGGAACACUCGCAAUUUUCUGAGCCCAUUAAAGUUGGCUCUGGACUAUAGAACAUGUAUGUCUCCUUAGGGACACAAGGUAGCUUCCUCCAAUAAUGGGGUCCCACAAAGUGCAAGAUUGCUGGAAUCAGGAACUCCAAGAAUAGGUAAGUUGCUAAAAACGAUUUAUUGGAUAAACCAUAAACCUAAAAUAUGCACAACGCGUUUCAACCCUACAAUGGGGUCUUCCUCGGGGGCUGUUGAAUAUUGCACUGGUCUAAACAUGCUUAUAUAUGUAUUGUGAUAAGGUGAAUGGGGUGGUCUGUGAGGGAGUUUAUAUUUCAUCUGCAUUGUUCAGAGAGGCAUAUGAUAUUUAACCCCAGGGGGAGUGUGUUUAUGUAUAUAACAUAAAUGCAUAUUUAGUUAUGGGCCUCUGGGGUGGAGCAUUUGGAGAGAAGGGUGGGCCAGUGCUCCACUCCGCUGUUUGUUUUUUCUUGGGAGACUAGGUCCAGACCAGGGUUUGGACUGUCUCCAACCCACUGCUCAGCUGCAGGUAAUCAACUGCAGCAGUGGGAAUAAACCCCUCCCUGCUAGGCAGGUAAGGGGAGAAUGUUUGUUUUUGUUUCUCUCUUGAUUAGCUGGAAGCAGCAGGCUGACUAAACACUGGAGUGCUGAGAGCUGACAAAGACACUAGGGUGGUGAAACCAGUAUUGUUUUGUUAUAGUUUAACCCCUGAGAGAUGGGGAUGCUGAAGUUAGUAAGUACUCAGACGAGCUAGGCUUUAGUUUAUAGGGAUUUGUGUUACAUUAUUUUUUUUUUUUUUUUUUGCUGUCUCUAUGGUGAAGCUCAACAAUAAAGUGCCUGGUUACGUUUAAAGACUGUUACUUUUAAAGACUGUGCAUGUCUGUACCCAAAAGGACCGUGCUAACUGCAGACAAGGAUCACAGUAUAUACUAAUUAACAAUAAUGUACUCAUUUUGUACAAGAAACACUCCCAUCUCCAAAUAUGGUCUGAAGCAGAAACGUCAUUUUGGGGGUGGCAAAUAAGUUUCCGGUUCGGACCGUAUUUGGACAUGGGAGUGUUUCUUGUACAACAUGUGUACGUGUACCACUUUUAGAUUCUUGAGCGCCACCUAUACUUCGUUUCUGAAAUUACAUCUGUGACGGAGCCUCCAUGCCAGGGAAUUUUGGAGAGGCUUGAAGGCCAGUCCCCUGCCCACAAAAUAUGGGCCUGGUCCUUACUGACACUUACUGGGCUUUCCAGCCAGACAUGAGGACCUUUGGGGAUCGCAUGGACUCCUUUUACACAUUGAGCGACUAACCGGCAGAUACUCUGGAACUGUUGCUUGGAUCGGGACUGUGCCAAGGUCAGAUCAGUUUUUAAAGCAGUUAUUGCUCAUUUGGAGGUUAGGUCGGGAAGGCAAGAAGGAAUCGGGGGAUGCCCGAGAAACUACUUUUUAGAGACCCGGUAUAAGUUGCUUCAUGCUGGAACUCUUUGUCGAAUUGAAAAGUAGCUGCAAAUCAGUAAAACUUUAACACCUUGUAACUUUGUAGCAGAUCAAAGUGCUGUUUGGACAUUAGGGCAUUCCGGGGCUCUAUAUUAUCUGGGGGUACGACCCAGGGAAAGGGGCUUCUGCCGGACAUUUUGUGUGCUGUGUCUGUAGGACUGGGAGAGUACAGCAGGGUCCUGAUUGUUUUUGCUGGGGAUAAUGUAAUUAAGUCCCCAGACAUACUGCGCAUUGCUUUGUUUGGAGGAAACCCAGAAAGGAGAGAACGCAAUGCUAUGUAUCAAUAGCUGUGUGCUGAGAUAUAAAGAUCAUUCUAACCCCUGCAUUCAGACUUGUCAAAUGUGUAUAGGAAAAACUAUAGUCUUUAUAAGAGAGAAGGUCUCCUGAGUUAUAAUCACUGCAGCCUAGUCUGGUGGAAGAGGUCCACAGAGACCCCAGUCAAGCUCAGGUGACUGGGUCUGAGGGGCUUCAGAGUCCCUGGUAGCUGAGAGGAGGCUGACUUGGGGUAGGUAUGUCACAUUUACUGUUCUGAAUAGCUUGCAUAUCUCAAGUUGGACUUUGACACUCACCUUUUGGCACCUAGCUAGCUCUCAGAGAGACUUCAACUCACAGACCUCUGCCUGCACUGUCUCUAAAUAACGCCUUUGGCUUUCAGGCCUUGCUCGUUCUUAGGUCAUCUUGGGGAUCAGGGACCAGUGCAGCCAGCCAACAGGUCAGAAAGCUCCAGAUCUCUGAACAAACGCGACCAGACACAUGGUUCCCAAUGGAACCAACACACAAUACCGUAGUUUCACUCAGGACUAACCCUAUCUGCAUUACAUUCCACUUAUGGCGAUACACCAACCAUAAUAGCAUGGGGAAUAAUGCAGGCACUUAUAUAACACAAUACAAUAAUUAUAAAGGGGUGGGGAAGACCAACACUGACACGUUAUGCCUCCCCUGCCUGCCCAAACCAUAAUAUGCACAUUAACAAGCCUUGCUAUUCAGGUUGUGCACCACGUGACUGUUCCAAGAUCUUCAUAACCAACAGGUGGCGCGUCACAGGCUCCACAGUCAAAUCCACCUAGUUGUUUGAGGGCAUCAACAGGACAGGAAAGCACACAAAACAUUUUAACAAUUAACAAAAAAUACACACCCUGCACCUAUAAUGGGCACAAUUAGUGUCAGAGACGUACACAAACAGGCAGCUCCAUAACUCCCAACUGCAAACCCAUAUCCCAGCCCAUGGUGGAGCAACACUGGGAAUAACGGAGGCCAACCGUUACUAAAAUAGCUGCCUGGGAGAAGGCAGAGUUUAUAUAGGCCCAGUGAUUGUGAUCGUCACAGUAUCUGCAUAAAUGCUGGGGGAAGUGUGAAACAAAAUGUCAGGCUGACUGCAGUUAAUUUUCCUAUUAGUACAUUCUGCGCUACAUUUAGAGAUACAAUUUGCUGUCCUUUAAUGGUAGUACAACUUACAUUAUCACCCAUAGCAAGUGAAGGGCAGACAAGAACGGCGGAGCUUUCCUCUGCAGCUGAGGAGGAGGAGUCAAUAUAUAUAUAAAAAUUUUCCUGCUUUUAGUGGUGACUAGUGGUUUAUAUUUAAAUGUACUAUGAGCAUGCUGAGCAUUAAACCUCUCAGUGGGUCAGGUUAACUGUUUGUAUGUUAGUCUGCAGUAUUAGUUCAACCUGUGAAAUCAAAUUAAAGGGAGUAUCUAACGGUUUUCUCUAUUUCUCUCAUGUCAGUUGUUGAAUAGUCCUUCAAAUGAAGAAGCCCAGAAUCAGCUGGAGAGAGUGAGAGAGCUUGAUGACCGGUUACAGGAAGCAUGGGAGGCGUACGAUAGACAGGAUUAUGGAGAAUCAAUAUCCCUGCUGGAAAGAGUGGUUGAGGUAAAUAUUCCUUUCUAUAUCACUUCUCACUCUACCUGUGUCACCCUGCAGGGGGAGGGACAGACUCAAAGCUCCUUCUGUCUGUGUCACCGUGUCACCCUGCAGGGGGAGGGACAGACUCAUAGCUCCUUCUGUCUGUGUCACCCUGCAGUGGGAGGGACAGAUUCAUAGCUCCUUCUGUCUGUGUCACCCUGCAGUGGGAGGGACAGACUCAUAGCUCCUUCUGUCUUUGUCACCCUGCAGGUGGAGGGACAGACUCACAGCUCCUUCUGUCUGUGUCACCCUGCAGGGGGAGGGACAGACUAAUAGCUCCUUCUGUCUGUGUCACCCUGCAGGGGGAGGGACAAAGUCAUAGCUCCUGUUUGUGUCACUGGGCAGGGGCAGACUCAUAGCUCCUUCUGUCUGUGUCACCCUGCAGGGGGAGAGACACUCAUAGCUCCUUCUGUCUGUGUCACUGUGUCACCCUGCAGGGGGAGGGACAGACUCAUAGCUCCUUCUGUCUGUGUCACCCUGCAGUGGGAGGGACAGACUCAUAGCUCCUUCUGUCUGUGUCACCGUGUCACCCUGCAGGGGGAGGGACAGACUCAUAGCUCCUUCUGUCUGUGUCACUGUGUCACCCUGCAGGGGGAGGGACAGACUCAUAGCUCCUUCUGUCUGUGUCACUGUGUCACCCUGCAGGGGGAGGGACAGACUCAUAGCUCCUUCUGUCUGUGUCACUGUGUCACCCUGCAGGGGGAGGGACAGACUCAUAGCUCCUUCUGUCUGUGUCACUGUGUCACCCUGCAGGGGGAGGGACAGACUCAUAGCUCCUUCUGUCUGUGUCACUGUGUCACCCUGCAGGGGGAGGGACAGACUCAUAGCUCCUUCUGUCUGUGUCACUGUGUCACCCUGCAGGGGGAGGGACAGACUCAUAGCUCCUUCUGUCUGUGUCACAGUGUCACCCUGCAGGGGGAGGGACAGACUCAUAGCUCCUUCUGUCUGUGUCACCGUGUCACCCUGCAGGGGGAGGGACAGACUCAUAGCUCCUUCUGUCUGUGUCACUGUGUCACCCUGCAGAGGGAGGGAGAGCAUCAUAGCUCCUUCUGUUUGUGUCACUGUGCAUCUGUUAUUUGUACUCCAUAUACUUAUUUUCUCUUGUUUCCUUCUAGUUGUCCCCAUGGGACCCUAAUGUUCGAGAGCUGAGAUCUGACUGUUACCUUGAAGUUGGAGACCUGAACAAAGCCGUGCAAGAUCUUAAGCCCACAACAAAACUGCGCAACGACAACCGUGCUGCCUUCCUUAAACUGAGCAAAUUGUACUACACCAUGGGGGUGCACGAAGAGAGUCUGAGGUAGUGUGUGUGUGUGUGUGUGUGUGUGUGGGGAGAGGAGGGGGAAGGGCUCAAGUUGUAUUACAGUAUAGUGGAGAACGAGGGGAAUCUGGGGUAGUGUGAGGUUGUAUUACAGUAUAGUGGAGAAUGAGGAGAGUCUGGGGUAGUGUGGGCUGGGUGAGAUUGUAUUACAGUAUAGUGGAGAACGAGGGGAGUCUGGGGUAGUGGUGCGUGCUUGAGAGAAGGGGUUGGAUGAAGCUUUGUUAUUGGGGAAAACGAGAUUAUGUAGGGAGAGUGGAGGUUAAAUUGAGAGAAUUCUUGUUUUUCUUUUUGAAGUCAUGUUCGUGAGUGUCUGAAGCUGGACCAGGAUGAUAAGGAUUGUUUUUCACACUAUAAACAAGUGAAAAAGUUAUCCAGGCAGUUGGAAUCUGCAGAAGAGUUAAUUCGAGAACAAAGGUGAGCGUUUGUCGUCGUGUGUCAAACAAUAAGGUGUGUGUGUAAGCCAUCAUACACGUGUUCUGGAUGGGUAAGACACCUCUAUUGUCCAUGUCUGUUAGUGAGUCUAUCGUGUUGGUGUGACUCUGCCGCCCAGUGUCCCGGAUGCUGUUUCGUGCCCUAUCUGUUAAAGGGAUACUAAAUGCAUUAAAACAACUUAUAGCUUUUUGAAGCAGUUUUGUGUAUAGAUCAGGGGUUCCCAAUUGAUUUUUGUAUUCCCGUGGAAUCCUUUAACAUAGUGUACCAACAGCAUUGAACCCCCCCAAAAAAAUUAUAAUUGGCAAAGUGUUAUGUUUUUUCUUUUUUUCCCCCCGCAAAUUUAGUUUUUUGGUAUAUAUAUACAAUUAUUUCUAUCACUAUAUCAGUGUGUAUCUGUAUCUGAGUGUAUGUAUCAGUGUGUGUGUAUUUGUAUCUGAUACAUACACUCAGAUACUGAUGCGCACACACACAAGUCCAGCGGUGUUCGCGCUGCUGUGUAGCCGAUUUUAGUUCCAGGCACUCGACGUCCAAACACCGCUGGGCUAAAAGGAAAUCCAAGAUGGCCGCCGCCGCGUGGUCGGUAGCCAAACGAUGGCCACCUGGGAAAUCAAUUAGCAGCCGAUAGAUACAUGUUGCAACUGGUUAAUGGGAGCCACACGACCCCCUGUGUGUGGGCUCCCAUUCGGUACUUUGUUAGUUUCACGAACAGUAUGGAAAGUCACUAUUCAUGAAACUACCAAAUUAAUGCUAGCGGCUUUCGGCCGUUAGCAUACGAAUUCCCUCUUUAUUACAGGUAUAGCCGAAUACAUAAACUAACAGAAUUGGACCAGCUUUUCUAGGACAACAUGUAGACCUAUAACCGCAUAAUCUGAAGUGGCUAGGUUUACCACACUUGGAUACAGAUACACACACUGACGCACACAUACUGAUACACACACACACACUCCUGCUCUCCAUCUACUACCCCCUCCAAAGCUCUUUAUUUCACUAAAUUAAAGGCUUUGAAGCAGUGCUCCAAGCCACGCCUCCAAACCACCUGGAUGUCAGAGCAGGGAAUCUUACUUCCCAGUGUUCUAUCAAAAAACCCUACACCGUGAAAUUUCCCUAUCACCUUCACUACCGAUGACACUGCCAGAUCCGAAGUGAGCAGAAUCUGCUGUAGGUCUGGUUACCUGUGUGGGGCGCCUGUGCCCCAUCAGAAGGGGGGGUAGGUGAUUCUUCCAGUACGCUGUGGUGGUUCUUGACCGUGUUGAUAGUGCGUGCAGGGGAAUGGGGGCGUGUCUGUAUGAUAGUAGUGCACAUGCGCAGUAGUGUGGGGUAUGGUAUUUUCAUGAUGCGCAUAUGCAUGCUCAAGCACUAGCUGUGUGGUACUCAUGCGCAGUACUGGGUAGGGUAUAUUAGCAGCGCUACUGCUGAUUCAGGAUAUUUCGGUGUGGCAGCAUCACUGGAAGUAACGGGGGUAGGCAAUUUUCACGUUUUUUUGCCAUACAACCUUUUCUCGUACCGUGAUGUUACAUUGAAUCAUGUAUUCAGUGAUUCUCUAUGGCACAGUCAUGCCUCGAGGAAGUGGUUGUGGCCACUUCGAAGGAGGCCCUUGAGAAAAGGUCAUUUGUUUUAUUUUAAUUUACUGUGUGUGUGUGUGUUGCUAUAUAUAUAUAUAUAUAUAUAUAUAUAUAUAUAUAUAUAUAUAUAUAUAUAUAUAUAUAUAUAUAUAUAUAUAUAUAUAUAUAUAUAUAUAUAUUGUGUAUCUAUAUAUAUAUAUAUAUAUAUAUUGUGUAUCUAUAUAAAUAUAUAUAUACUGUACAUAUACACGGUAGCUUAAACUAAACAGGCACAUCUGUAGCGUUGGGAAUAAAGCAGAUAAGUAUUCCUUACACUAUAGUGCCCCUUUAGUAAUCUAAACUGGGUAGUUUAGAACUGAAGAGGUACCAAUAAUAAUUUAAAUUAUUGACUAUAUUUACAUAUUCCAGAAGAAAUGUAGCUUCUGGAGAGAGAAAAAAUCUAUAUAAAACUGUUUUUUAUGAAUGUUGAUCAGAGCAAUUCCCAUCCACGGCACAGGUAUGAAAAUGCCAUUGAGAAACUUGAAGCAGCCAUCAAAACUGAACCACACGUUGAGAUUUAUAGGAAGAGAGCAAAAGAGAGAAUAUGUCACUGCUUGUCAAAGGUAUUCUGAUUGUGUAUCAUGUACUCUGCCACAAUAUACACAGUGUAAGCCUACACACACUGCCAGGAUAUACACUGCAUGUCUGCAACCUGUACUCUGCCACAAUAUACACAGUAUAAGCCUACACAUACACACUGACAGCAUAUACACUGCAUGUCUGCAACCUGUACGCUGCCACAAUAUACACAGUAUAAGCCUACACACACACACAGCCAGGAUAUACACUGCAUGCCUGCAACCUGUACGCUGCCAGUCUGGAAAUACCCAGCAUGGUCACUGCCAGCGUGUAUACAGCAUGUACACUGAUCAGCCACAACAUUAAAACCACUGACAGGUGAAGUGAAUAACAUUGAUUAUAUUGUUACAAUGGCACCUGUCAUGGGGUGAGCUAUAUUGGGCAGCAAGUGAGCAAUUCAGUUCUUGAAUUUCAUGUGUUGGAAGCAGGAAAAAUGAGCAAGCGAAAAGAUCUGAGUGACUUUGACAAGUGACAAAUAGUGAUAACUAGAUGACUGGGUCAAAGCAUCUCCAAAACUGCAAGUCUUAUAGGAUGUUCCUGGUAUGCAGUGGUUAGUACCUUUGAAAAGUUGUGCAAGAAAGACAACUGGUGAACCAGGUGUAGCGGAGGCCUGGUAUUUCACAGGUUAUCUCCACUCAAGAUCCCAGUGAGGCUCAGGAACAAGUAUUAAAAAAUCCAUAAGGCAAGAAAAUCCACAAAUAUCCCAAUACGGAUCCCAAUGACUGGACGAGACACAGCAUCAGGAGCAGAACUGAACUUUUUUUAUUCCCAACAACCUUCUUUUAAAGCUUUCUCCCAUGCAAGGGAGGGAUUCACAUUAAUUAGUACAGUACAGUAUCCAAUCUCCUCCCCUCACUUAUACAUACUGCAGUUUUACCCGAUUUCUGGAUGUACUCCAAAACAGUCAGAAUUAUAUAAUGAGUAUAACCAAAAUAUUCAAAAUUCACCCAGAUCAGACCAGGGGUUCGAGAGUUAGGUGGAAGAGGCAAUUUGACCGACCGCACACGAGGUAGUAUCUGAAAAAGGCUCCAUGUGUUUUGGCCUUGCGGUCGGUCUCUGUUCGGGUGAUAAAAUGCAUAGAAAUACUCGCCAUCCAAAGUUAAAUCUGUAUUCGUAUUUAUUCCCUUGUUCGGGACAUUUAUUUUACCGAAUGAGGAGCUGGUUGGCCCCUCCGUUUGGGAGUUAUGGAGCUCUGGAGGUCUCAGCGGUGUUUGCCUAGUAGAGUGUCCGAUUUUGCAAAACACAGCUGUUCUGGAGUUUGAUGGCCGCUGCCACGUGCUCGUCUCCCGAACGGCGGCCACCCAGAGGACAAAGCACACACUGCACUGAUUGCCAGUUACGAGUUUGCAACAUUGUUGCAAACGGUAGUUGGAGGCACACUUAUUCCUGGGGUGGUCUGAUUGUUCUGUAGUUUCACUCGUUUAAUAAACGGAGUGAUUUUACCGAACAAUCAGACGAAUGCUGCAUACAAUAUACAUAUAUACAAAAUUAAACGAAAGCAUAUUAAAACACAUAAUUUUGCGGACAAUGCCAUCCGCUACACCAGGGUCAUGGGCACCCAAGGCUCAUUGAUGCACAUGGGGAGUGAAAGCUAGCCCGUCUUGUCUGAUCACACGCAAACGCUAUUGUAGCUCAAAAUGCUGAAAACCAUAAUGCUGGCCAUGAUAGAAAGGUGUCCGACACAGUGCUGUGUAGCCACAGACCCAUCAGAGAGCCCAUGGUGAUGAUUUUUCCACUUCCGAAAGCACCUUCAAUGGGAAUGUGAGUGUCCGAAUUGGAGCGUGAUCUCCCCAGAUCUCAAUCCGAUUUUAAGAAUGUGUGGGAUGUGCUGGAACAACAAGUCCGGUCCAUGGAGGCGGCCCCUUGUAACUUGCAGGACUUAAAGUAUCUGCUGCUAAUGUCUUGGUGCCAGAUAUCACAGGACACAUUCAGAGGUCUUAUGGAAUCCAUACCUUGAAGUAUCAUAGCUGUUUUGGCUGCACAAGAGGGACUAGCAUGAUAUUGGGCAGGUAGUUCCAAAGAUGUGGCUGAUCAGUAUAUAAUGUCAUACCCACAGUAUGUAGGCUACUAGCAUAUACACAUUAUGCCAGUAGUAUGUUAAGUGCUAGAAAAUACACAGCAUGCCCAGAGCACUUAACUUAAUUCCUCCAUUAUUGUAUUAUUUAUAAAGGCAACUCCUCUGCAACAUGCACUUCAUAUAUUUCCAUGAGGACUGCAACACCAGAACUGCUCCCAUGUUGCCUUCACAGCUGUGGCACUGCUUGCAUGUUUUUUUGCCUUUUCUUAACCCAUGCAUUACCUUGGUGUGUAUAUGCAACAAGGGGUGCUAAUGGUGCUCUCUCUCCCAGAGUCAGCAGACCGAUCAGGCAAUAACAGUCUGUACAGAAGCCCAUCAAAGAGACCCACAAAAUCCAUUUCUCCUCAAAGACCGAGCUGAUGCUUACAUCCUAAAUGAAGAGUAUGAAAAAGGUAGGAUCAUGCAGAAGAUGAUGUGGAUAUUUGUAGUGGAGGUCUGGGUCUAUAUUAUUUGGGUGUGUGGUUAUAUAGUUACUCUAGGGGAACGGAGUUUGGGUGUGUGGUUAGUCACCCCAGGAGAGGUGAAUUUUUGGGUGUGGUUAUAUCGUCACCGUGGGAGAGGUGAGAUUUGGGGGUGUGGUUAUAUGGUCACUGGGAAAGGUGAGAUUUUGGGGAGUGGUUAUAGUCACCCCGGGAGAGGUUAGAUUUGGGGGUGUGGUUAGUCACCCCGGGAUAGGUGCGAUUUGGGGGUGUAGUUAUAUAGUCACCAUGGGAGAGGUGAGACUUGGGGGUGUGGUUAUAUAGUCACCCUGGGAGAGGUGAGAUUUGGGGGUGUGGUUAUAUAGUCACCCUGGGAGAGGUGAGAUUUGGGGGAGUGGUGGUAUAGUCAACCUGGGAGAGGUGAGCUUUGGGGGUGUGGUUAUAUAGUCUCCUUGGGAGAGGUGAGAUUUGGGGGUGUGGUGGUAUAGUCAACCUGUGAGAGGUGAGUUUUCAGGGGGUGGCUAUAUGAUUUUAUUUUUUCUGCUUUUAGCUGUGGAAGAUUAUCAGCAAGCUAAAGAGCUGGAUGGCGAGAGCGAGGAAUUUAAAGAAGGCCUCGAGCGAGCUCAAAAACUACUCAAGCAAUCCAAGAAACGAGAUUAUUAUAAAAUCUUGGGUGUUAAAAGGUACUCUGUCUGUUUUACACAGUGGACAUGACAUAUCUUAACUGUGAGAGAAUCUUGAAAGCAGGCAGCGAGUGAAAAUACCAAAUCCUAUACAUUGUAAAGGCCUAACUUACUGUGGCAGAAAAAAAGGCUAUCCUCCUCCUUCGCAUCUUUGCAGUGUUUGUCAUUUCUACUCUUUGCCCUCUGUUGCGUUUUAUUAUUAUUAUUUUUUUUUUUUUAAUGUGUCCUCUCUGGCUCGUGGGGUCUCUCCUUUCCUCUGACAUUAAAUGUCAAAAGGUCUAGUCAGGCAAAGUCUGCGUUACCCUGCAGUAGCUUGGUGAGCGUUCCCUGCCUGGCACCGCACUCUCCACACAGCUAUUGUAAGAGAGGGAGACCUGACAAUUCAAAGGGGAAAGCUAGACUGCCUCGCGGGAUGACACCGGAAACGGGUGGGUUUCAGCCGUUAAAAUCAGGAAAAUUGAGAAAUGAAUGGUACAUUUUUAGGGACAACAUAAAUCUCAUAACCACCAAUAAACAUUGUACAAUAGGUUGCAUGACGUAAAGUUCCAUUAUAUAUAAUCAUCAUUUAAGUAUACAAACUAUAUUAACUGUUCUGUUCCACAAUAUUUUCAUGAUUUAGAUCAAACAGCACAAUAAUGACCACAGUUCACAUUUGAAUGCCGAAUGCAUGUGACUGUGAUAACGUAACAUUGGUUACCUGCGUUAAAUGUGUGAAUCCUGUUUUUGUUCUUUUCCCCAUUUGCUACAGUAUUUGGAUUAUGUUAUUGACUUCUACUCAGAGGAAAAGCAAGCAGCAUUUAUAUGGAACUUUCCUCUUUCAUAAAUGUGAAAGGGGAGCCACCACUACCCUAGAAUCUUAAUAUUCUGUUUGUUUAUAGAAACAUAGAAUGUAACGGCAGAUAAGAACCAUUCGGCCCAUCUAGUCUGCCCAAUUUUCUAAAUACUUUCAUUAGUCCCUGGCCUUAUCUUAUAGUUAGGAUAGCCUUAUGCAUAUCCCACGAAUGCCUUAACUCCUUUUUGUUAUGUUUAACAAAUAUGUGUUUGGGAAGUUUAAGAGACAAAUUCACACCAUUGUAUUUACCGCUAUCAUUUAUCUGAGUGAUCCAUCUUAACGUCCUGUCAGUCAUUGCUAUAAGCUCCGCCCUUUGCUCCUGUCAGUCUGCACAGAGAGGAGAAACAAACCAGGUUUCUCCUCCCACAAUGUAUCCCAAUGCUGUGUCUGUGCCAGGACUUAACUGGAGUGUGAUAUCAACUGCUAAAUCUUUAAUAUACAUUUAAAAUAUAACAUGUGACAAAGACGGGUCUCUCUCUCCCCCUGCUCUCUCGCUCUCCCCCGCCCGCUCGCGCUCUCCCCCGCCCGCUCGCGCUCUCCCCCGCCCGCUCGCGCUCUCCCCCGCCCGCUCGCGCUCUCCCCCGCCCGCUCGCGCUCUCCCCCGCCCGCUCGCGCUCUCCCCCGCCCGCUCGCGCUCUCCCCCGCCCUCUCUCCGUCUCCCCCGCCCUCUCUCCGUCUCCCCCGCCCUCUCUCCGUCUCCCCCGCCCUCUCUCUAAUCCUCCCCCCAGCCCUCUCAUCGUCUCCCCAGCCCUCUCUCCGUCCUCCCCGCCCUCUCUCCGUCUCCCCCCAGCCCUCUCUCCGUCUCCCCAGCCCUCUCUCCGUCUCCCUCCCACCCCUCUCUCCGUCUCCCCCCAGCCUCUCUCGUCUCCCCACCCAGCCCUCUCUCUCAGUCUCCCCCCCGCCCCUCUCUCCAGUCUCCCCGCCCUCUCCAGAGUCUCCCCCCCGCCCUCUCUCCAUGUCUCCCCCCCCAGCCCUCUCUCCGUCUCCCCCCGCCCUCUCUCUCCCCCUCCACAUUUGCAAGAUAUUAAUUGGUAAAGAAAGUUAUAACCAGCAGAUAUUAAAACAUUUUUAAUUAGAGUCCAAAAUAACCUAAUGCAUGGAAGUUCUAACUAAAGAACAGAAAGGAAAGUGGUGCACAAUACUUGUACUGGCUGGCAAUACAGCAAAAUUAUAAUUAGCACAAUUCUUAAGCAAAUCUGGAUGUCUUGGUUACUAAUGUGAGGCUUCAUGGAUUCCUACGGUGAGGCAUCUGUGAAUCUGACCAGGUAGUGCACAGUCCUGCUCUGUAUUGAGAGGCCAAAAAUAUUUUUAUAAAAAUAUCACAGGCCCGUGGGUAUUUGAUUGAUCAGAUAGACUGGGACUUUCAAAGAGGUGCACUUGCUGCUGUUGCAGGUGCUUGGUACGAGGGUAUGUUGCCGAUGUUGCCAGAAGUCCACAAAUAUCUGGUCGAGCCGGGUAAGAAUUUGAGACUGCUGGUCUCUGCUUUCUAGGAGAAAGUUUGUGUCUGCCAUGUUCAAGGAGGGGCCCCUCCCACGAAUCAGUCAAUGAAACGUGCCUUCAGGCACUAUAGAGCUAUUGAUAGAUUCCGGGAUUACUGUGCCCACUUUGGGUUGGCCGCAAAAUUCUCUAGUUCAGGAACCUCCAAACACAAGAAGAGUUGCUUCAUGCCUAGAUAUGCUAGAGUAGUGCUUUGAGACUAGAAGCAGUGAAUGAUCGAUAUUUGUGGCCGAUCUGACAAUCAAGAUUUGCUUGUUUCUCUUAAAAGCUCUCUUCAGGCGUCUGGUCAACUCUUAAGUUAGGCUUUGUCCCCCUAUAAGUCUUUAUUUUUUUAAGAGUUAAUUAACCUUUAAAGCCUCUUGUGAUCCUAGUUUUUCCGGCUCUCUGUAUAGUUAACACAUUAGCUUACUAUUUAUAUUUAUUAGUUUAGUAGUUCAUUAAAUGAGUUUUCUUUUCUUACCAUUUCUUCCUCUAUUCCUCUAGAAAUGCCAACAAGCAGGAAGUGAUCAAGGCGUACCGAAAGCUGGCUCAGCAAUGGCAUCCAGAUAACUUCCAAUCAGAGGAUGAGAAGAGAGAGGCAGAGAAAAAAUUCAUUGAUAUCGCAGCUGCCAAAGAAGUUUUAACAGACCCAGGUAUUCUAUAGCACUGGGCCCAAUUAUUUUCCUGUAUCACCUGCUCUCUCACCUCUCUGCAACUUCUCCUAUUCCUCAAUGUAACGUCUCCUAUUACUUUUAUAUAGCCUUCCAUACAGCCGCCAGGGAGCUAGCGUUCGGUUCCAUUCGAAUGAAGGGAAAGUGCCGAACCAGGGAAAGCUACUAAUGGCGGCUGGGCAGGGUAACUCCAGAAUGGUGUCUCUUACCUGGACCAUAGUCGGUGGGCAGGAGGCCAGCUUCCACGCUCCUCCAGGAGUUUGUGGCAAACGUUUGUGGGAAGGAACGUUUGUCACAAAGCCCUCCCUAUAACUCCUCCUAUUACUCCAUAUAAUCCUCCAUAAAACUCCUCCUAUUACUCCAUAUAAUCCUCCAUAAAACUCCUCCUAUUACUCCAUAUAAUCCUCCAUAAAACUCCUCCUAUUACUCCAUAUAACCCUCUCUAUAACUCCUAUUACUUCAUACAAGCCUCCCUAUAACUCCUACUAUUACUCCAUAUAAUCCUCCAUAAAACUCCUCCUAUUACUCCAUAUAAUCCCCCAUAAAACUCCUCCUAUUACUCCAUAUAACCCUCUCUAUAACUCCUAUUACUCCAUAUAACCCUCUCUAUAACUCCUCCUAUUACUCCAUAUAACCCUCCCUAUAACUCCUCCUAUUACUACAAAUAACUUCCCUAUAACUCCUCCCAUUACUCAUAUAACCCUCUCUAUAACGCCUCCUAUUUCUCCAUAUAACCCUGUCUGUAACCCUCUCUAUACUCUAGAACUCCUUCUAUUACUCCAUAUAACCCUCUCUAUAACUCUUACUAUUACUCCUGUAGCGGAAUGGACGCUUGCCAGACACUUUUUAUGUUCGUAUUACCUGUAGCAGAACUUCCACCUUUUGUGUGUUGUUUUCCUGUUAUUUUGUGUGGUUCCUCUUUGGCCGUUCGGGAGACUUCAUACGAACAGAAUCCCUUGGUUUCCCGAAUGAGGACCACCCCUUAGAAUGUUGACACCAACCACUUAAGUGCGAAACCGCAAGGAAAACCAUUAAUAAGGGCUUCCCCUGGGUGGCUGCCAGUUUGUAUAACUGAACACGUGGCGGCCAUCUUGUCUCCCAAACGUGGGCAGCAGUACUCGGUCGUUGAGUGCCUGGAACUCUUUUCGGCUAUGCACUCGCCCGAGCACCGUUAAACUUUAAACCACUGCCCGUUCCAGUUCCCGACCACCUACACGAACAGCGUUCGGGAGAUAUGAACUACGAAACAGGGGGAGCAUUCGUAUUCUGAAAUAAAGAUUCCCUUGUAUGGUGUAAGCACAAGAACCUCAUGAACGGAGACCGGCCAGGGCAACAAUUUCCCUGGAACUGUUUUGGGCUAGCGCCUCGUGUAUGGCCAGUCAAAACUUUACCACAAUGUCAUUCCCAUUCUGCCAAACAGAUCAGAGUGAUUCUUGGAUAUGUUGGACACUCAGAUUGGGGCUAUUGGGGAAUGUACUUUUCGUGGGGUUCUGGAAUAUGGUUGAGGUUUUUUUUGGGUACAGGAUAUUUUGUUGGAUUUUAUGUAUCUGGGAGAUAAUUGCCAGAGAAAACGAAUCUAAUUUAAUUAUCUCUUAGGCACAGAGGAUCCUGAGAUUGAAAACCCUACAUUAUUUUAUGUGAAACCCCUUACAUAGGACUGGGCAUAAAAGCAGUGUAUGUGCCAAUAAAUUUCAGUUGUACCCCCAGAGCUGUGUGUCGUCCAGUUACUGGGGAGGAGGUGGGAGAUUCUUUGACUAAUUUGCUUGUUCCUGAUUGUACUUUGAUGUAUCCAGCUGAGGAGAGUCCCUGAUGGGACUAGGGCUCCGCUACAACUCCAUAUAACCCUCUCUAUAACUCCUCCUAUUAUUUCAUAUAACCUCUCUAUAACUGCUUCUAUUACUUCAUAUAAUCCUAUCUAUAACUCCUCCUACUACUUCACAGAACCCUCUCUAUAACUCCUCCUAUGACUCUAUAUAACCCUCCUUACAACAAAAAGUAUAAAUUCACCUGUGUGCAGAUAGAAAAACACACUUAGUGGGUAUUAAGUGAAAAAACACAUAAAUUACCCUUAAUUAACUGUAUUGUAGAUGGAAGGAUUCCUCUUAUAUCCUCAAGACAAUAAUAACAAAGUGCCAAAAAAUGGCUAUCUACAAUACAAAAGUAAUAAAGACAGACAUAGCGCAAUACUGUUGCAAAAUAGGAAUUAUAGAUAUAAAUGAUUGCACUCACAAAAACAGUUUGAUUGAAGGCAUAUCAGAUAUAAUGAUGUAUGAACUUCAGGACUUGUGGAACAUCGAUAUCAUGCAUAGGAGGAAAAAAGAUAAAUAAUAGUGCAGAGUAUCCAAGUAAAAAAUGACACACUUUAUUAAUAAAUACACUUACAAAAUAGAAGUGUCAAGUGGGCACAUCAAGCUCAGAUGGGAGAAAAAAAACGAAUCCCAGUGUCAGGGUCCAGUGGAGCAGGAAAGCCAAAUAAACAAUAAAAUAAAAUCAAUAAUAAAUGAAUAAAAGAUAUAAAAUACUCUAGACAAUAAAGGACAUAAGCCCUUAUGUCCUUUAUUGCCUAGAGUAUUUUAUAUCUUUUAUUCAUUUAUUAUUGAUUUUAUUUUAUUGUUUAUUUGGCUUUCCUGCUCCACUGGACCCUGACACUGGGAUUCGUUUUUUCUCCCAUCUGAGCUUGAUGUGCCUACUUGACACUUCUAUUUUGUAAGUGUAUUUAUUAAUAAAGUGUGUCAUUUUUUACUUGGAUACUCUGCACUAUUAUUUAUCUUUUUUCCUCCUAUGCAUGAUAUCGAUGUUCCACAAGUCCUGAAGUUCAUACAUCAUUAUAUCUGAUAUGCCUUCAAUCAAACUGUUUUUGUGAGUGCAAUCAUUUAUAUCUAUAAUUCCUAUUUUGCAACAGUAUUGCGCUAUGUCCGUCUUUAUUACUUUUGUAUUGUAGAUAGCCAUUUUUUGGCACUUUGUUAUAACCCUCCUUACAACUACUCCUAUUACUCCAGAUAACCCUCCCUAUAACUCUUCCCAUUACUCCAUAAAACCCUCUCUAUAGCUCCUCCUAUUACUCUAUAUCAUCUGUGGCGGGACCGUUGUCUGUCUGUAAAUUGUCUUAUGUGAUUGCCUGUAUGUUCCCCAUGUAUUUGUGAAUCUGUGUAUGUUUUACCUGCUCCCCGUUCGGUAAAGCUCAUACGAACAGGUUCCGUUCGUCUCCCGAAUGGGAACCUCUCCAAGAUCCCAUUUAGAAUGUUUAGUUAGAACGUUCACACCUCGCUAACGAGGUUUGGCAACUUGCAACAUAAGUGCAAAACCACAAUAACAUUUCGCAACAAGUGUGAAACCACAAGGAAAGUAAUUGAGUGCUUCCUCUGGGUGGCUGGCGUUCGUAUGGACGAAUGCCGCCCAGGGGGAGCAUUUGUAUCCCGAAAGGAGAUGCUCCCCUUGCCUGGUUUCACACAGGGACUUCACGAACGGAGGAGGUUCGCACUGGACACAGUUGUGGAGGUCCCUGAGAAUGGUGGGGACAUUCCUUGGGGACAAUGGCGGUGUGGCGGGCUUUCUGUAGCUGGGAUUCAGAGGCAGGAAGCUUUCCCGCGCUGGGACUCCCAUGGACAGAGGCUCAUUGGAUAACUGAGGUGGGAAACCCUGAGGAUGGGUGGCGGGAACUGGGGUCAAAGGAACUAGAGUUCCUGUCACAGGCCCCUGGGAGGGAACACUGAAUGGCGGGAACGGGGGACAAAGGGACUGAGGUUCCGGUAUAUAACCCUCAGGAGGAGGAAGAGGAUUCUGGGAGGGGACAUUGUCAUUGUGUGUGUGUUCCACCCCUUCCAUGAGGAAAGUAUAAAGCAGAGUGUAGCCAAUAAAGUGUUGUUGGACCCCCAGGACUGUGUGUUACUGGGGGAAAUGGGUCUCUUCCUUCUGUAUUGGCGGAGGUAACCAGUUGGGUAACCCUCGUUCAGCUACAUAACCCUCCCUAUAACUCCUCCUAUUACUCCAUAUAACCUUCCCUAUAACUCCCCCUAUUACUCCAUAUAAGCCUCCCUAUAACUCCUCCUAUUACUCCAUAUAACCUUCCCUAUAACUCCUCCUAUUACUCCAUAUAACCCUCCCUAUAACGCCUCCUAUUACUCCAUAUAACCCUCCCUAUAACUCCUCCUAUUACUCCAUAUAACCCUCCCUAUAACUCCUUCUAUUACUCCAUAUAACCCUCCCUAUAACUCCUCCUAUUACUCUAUAUAACCUUCUCUAUAACUCCUCCUGUUACUCCAUAUAACCCUCUCCCUAUAACUCCUCCUAUUACUCCAUAUAACCCUCUCCCUAUAACUCCUCCUAUUACUCUAUAUGACCCUCCCCAUCACUCCUUCUAUUACUCCAUAUAACCUUCCCUAUAACUCCUCCUAUUACUCCAUAUGACCCUCCCCAUCACUCCUUCUAUUACUCCAUAUAACCCUUCUUAUAACUCCUCCUCUUACCCCUCCCAGUUUUGCUGUAUAUGACGCACGUUUUCCCUUUAUUCUCAGAGAUGCGUCAGAAAGUGGAUGCUGGGGAAGACCCCUUGGACCCGGAGAAUCAGCAGGGCUCCGGACACCACCAGCAAUGGCCUUUUGAAUUUAACCCUUUCAGCUCAGGAAACUUUCAUUUCAAAUUCAACUUCAAUUAAUUGUCCUCUUAGGACAGAAGGAAAACCAUUUUAUGGAUUAUUUAACUCCAACUGUGAGACUAACACUCCCAUUUAUCGUCAGACCCAAGCAGCCCACUGGCAUUGAUAGGGUUAAAGGAAGCCGGUAUUUUGACUUGAGAGAAAUCUCCAUGGUGCUGGCACUUCGGGAAUCAUUGGCACUUCAAGAGAAUUUACUGUGACUUAACCUGGAGAACCCGGGCGGCGUGCCUAAUCAGAUGUCCAACUAGGUCAAGAGUUUCAGAUUUUAUUGACUUUCUUAAUGCAACAAAUUUAAAAGAAAAUAUAUAUACAACAGAACUUUGGUUGGGUGGGAAAUAAAAAAAAAAAAAAAAAUUAAAUUACAUUUCAUGAUUUCUUUUCCAAUGGAUAAUGCAGCUGAAUUACCAUGUCAAUGUUUAUGUGGAAUUGAAAAGGAAUAGGGGGAAUAUUUUACUGGUUAAUUGGAUCUUAAUUAUUUUGUUUACUUAUUACUGGAAUUUAUAAAGCACCAACAUAUUCUGCAGCGCUGUACAAUUGGG